AAAAUUUAAGAUUGUAUAUUAGCCUUAAAAAGAACAUCAAACUACUAAAAGACCCUGAACCAGCAGGCAGCACCAUAGACACCAACAAAACCGAACAAGAAACAUGUUUAAUCUCAACAAAACAAUCCCCACUCCAAAACUAUGGAGCAAAAAGAAAUCCCAACAACGCAGAUCUCCAUUCUUUUUCCUCUCACUUUUCCUCCUUUCCCUCCUCUUCCUCUUCUUCCUUACUUUCACUUCUAUCCCCAAAUCCCUUUUCUCAUCAUCCUCUUCAAAAAUCACGGCCCUUUCCCUUCAAUCCCCACAUUGCGAAAUUCGAAUCUCAGGGGAAAAAUUCUUAUGGUACGCCCCCCAUAGUGGGUUCAGUAACCAGCUUUCUGAGUUCAAGAAUGCACUUCUAAUGGCUGGGAUUUUGAACCGUACUUUGAUUAUCCCUCCUAUUCUUUCUCACCAUGCAAUUGCACUCGGUAGCUGCCCUAAGUUUAGGGUUCAAAGCCCUAAAGAGAUCCGUGUUUCGGUUUGGGAUCAUGUUAUUGAGCUCAUUACAAGUUGGAGGUAUGUUUCUAUGGCUGAUAUCAUUGAUAUAUCUUCGGUACUGUCAUCUUCACAUGUUCGAGCCAUAGAUUUCCGGGUUUUUGUGUCCUCGUGGUGUGGUUUGGACUUGGAUUUGGCUUGCUGCAAAGAAUCAAACACACAACCGACAUAUUUGGUUGAUAGCCUAAAGCAAUGUGGCUCAUUGCUAUCAGGGGUCGAUGGUAAUAUAGAUCGAUGUCUAUUUGCCGUAGAUGAUGAUUGUAGAACAACAGUUUGGACGUACGGGAAUGACGAAGCGGAUGGAGCGUUGGAUUCAUUCCAACCCGAUGAACAACUCAAGAAGAAAAAGAAGAUUUCGUAUGUUAGAAGACGUAGAGAUGUGUAUAAGACACUUGGCCCUGGCAGCAAAGCUGAUUCAGCCACUGUUCUAGCAUUUGGAACCCUUUUUACAGCCCCAUAUAAAGGUUCUGAGCUCUACAUCGAUAUCCAAAAAGCACCGAGAGAUUCAAAGAUACAAUCUUUAAUAAAAAAGAUCGAAUUCCUUCCGUUUGUCCCCCAAAUUAUAUCCGCGGGAAAACAGUUUGCGGUUCAGACCGUAAAGGCUCCCUUUCUCUGUGCACAACUUAGAUUGCUAGAUGGUCAGUUCAAGAACCAUUGGGAAGCUACAUUUUCGGGUUUGAAACAAAAACUAGAUUCGUUAAGCCAGACGGGUUCUCGACCGAUUCAUGUUUUCGUGAUGACCGAUCUCCCUCAAGGCAAUUGGACCGGAAACUACCUGGGUGAUUUGGCUAAGGAUUCAACCAAUUUUAAGCUCUAUUUUAUGAACGGAGAAGAUUCAUUGGUGACGGAAACGGCAAAGAAACUAGCACUUGCCAGACAUGGCCUAAGGUUUGGGUCCAGUCUUGGCGGUAUCGAGUCUACCGACACGGUGGCUAAGUUGCAGAAGCAUUGUGCUCCUCAUAUAUUACCUGAUAUACUUCUAUUUAUAGAAGAAACAAUUUGCAGCUGUGGUUCACUUGGUUUUUUUGGAACUGCUGGUUCAACAAUAGCCGAUAAUAUUGAGAUUAUGAGAAAAUUUGGUUCAUGUUCAAAUCAACGAGAGGAUCACAAAAUGAUGUAAUUUUUAUGAAUUUAUUAUUUAUCCCAAAAUUUUUUAUUUACUUCAAA